AUGUCCAAAUCUCUCAAGGCUAUGGAAUCGAAGCAAAUUGAAGUUGCUGAUGUGAUUGCUCAGCGCUUCCAGACUGAAGAAUAUGCGGUUGCCGAAGCUUCUAAAGACGAUGCCCUUGCUGUUGUUGACCCUGAUAAUGUUAAAAAGGGGGAAAGUAGUGAUCGAGGGGGAACUAGUUCUCCUAACACCCGUUCCAAGAGAAAGCAUGCCCAAGGUGGUCGAGGUGGAUUUCAACAAGAUAGAGGAGGUGGUCGUGGAGGUGGUCGCGGUGGAGGAAGUACAAGAGGAGAACUAAGAGGAGGAAGUCGUAUGCAACAAAUUAUGUUCGACGAAAGAGGUAUCCAAGGCUGA